ACCGUUCCUAGGCCAAUUUGGAGGCAAGUCGUCACAACAACAGCAACAGCAACAGCAACAGCAACAACAAGGCCAGCAAGGCCAAGAAGGCGAUGAACUACCUAUCGAAGAAGAAAAGACGUUCUUCCAAAAGUAUUGGUACCUCGUGCUUGGCGGUGUCCUAUUGCUGAUCAAUUCGAUGAAUGCUCCAUCUGAAAACACUGCUCCGAGACGUUGAAAAUUUAUAAAGACCCAGAAACCUUUUUUACCCCCAACCAUUCUUUUUUCUCUUGACCCUUUAUUUUUACUAAGCCAAAUGAUCAGACCCCCUUCGAUCCAAGCAGUUUCGAGAGUCCAACAACCAGCUGUUUGUUUCCGCAAAUACGUGUCGCCACUUCAGUCUUCUUCAUCAUCAUCAAAAACAACAAAACGUUCUGUCCAUGCAGAAUCUACGAAUAGCUCAUCUUCGGAUUCGUUGCUGACGACCUCAAACGGCUCCGUAGUCGACUACUGGAACCCGAUACACUUUGAGCUGCUAUUCAAUCGCAAGCAACAACACCAAAUACCGUCAUCGUCCGUGGUCUAUAGUCCGAUGCUUCGCCAUAGAUCUUCACAACAGCAACAACAACAACAACAACGGCAACAACAGGAGGGCACUGACGAGACAGCCUCCGAGCUGAUUGUUGCACCCGAUAUCAUCGAACAAGAACCUUUGCUAUUAAAGAAGGAGUCGCACUUGUUCGACACGUAUGAGCAGGUCACACAUCUACAAGCAUGGGGAGGAUUUUCCCGGGGAGAAGCAAAGGCUGUCAUGGAGACAAUACAACAGUUGUUACGAAUGAGUGUUGCCAAGCAAACCGAUCAGUUCUUGACUUCAUCCCAACUCGAGAACGAGUCGUAUCUGAUCAGCGCCGCUGUUGCUGAGUUCCGUAGGGAGGUGCAGUUGCUACGGCGUAACGAUUCGGCGUUGCUGCAGUCGGAGCUGACUGCACUUGCGCGUGAGGUCGAGAGUCUGGAGCAACGUUUGAGCGAGGAUUUGGGCACGAUGCGUGACGAGACAGAAUUGACCAUGAACGAUUAUCGAUCGGAUAUUCGUGAGGAGCAAAAGAUCACCGAGCAUCAGAUCCAGGGCAUCAAUAACCGGCUGACUGUGUCAUUGGGUGAUGCUGCGACUGAACUCGAGUCUCUCAAGUGGAAUGUCAUCUGGCGUGGUCUUUUGGGCGGAUUGGUGACGGCAUUGGGCAUCACGGCUGUUGGAUAUGCGUUGUCUGCAUUGCGUAGCACUCGUGCUGCAGCAGUGCAACGCAAAGAGGCGAUCAAGUCUGCUGGUGACAACUUGUCCUAUGCGGACAUGGAACUGUCAUAGGAAUUUCUCUUUACCCACACACAUUUCCCAUAAGCAUACUUUUUUCUCUAGCAUCCCAUCCCAUCCCAUUCCAUCCCACCACACGUCGUUCCAUUGAUUAUACACAUCUCUCUAUCUUCCUGUCACUCUCCGAUCCACCCCGAUUAUCAUCCAUCUUCUUGUAAAAUAUUAUUCCCGUUCUUCCCUGCUAGUUUCUAUACACAUUUUCGCUGUCCGUCCAUCUAUCUAUCUAUCUGUCUAUCUACUUGUCAAUGUACCAUACACAACGAAAAAAAAACCAUAAUAUAUGAUUAUAUAUAUAU